UGUGUGGCUGUGACUUGGCCCAGAGUGGCUUCUUCAUGAAGAGCGGGGACUUCCUCUGUCCAGUGGACUUCCAGAGGCUCCACGGCACGCUCUGCAACAGCUGCGGGGAGUUUGUGGAAGGGGAGGUGGUCACAGUCUUGGGGAAGACUUAUCACCCAGCCUGCUUUGUGUGCACCAUUUGCAAGCAGCCCUUUCCUGCCGGGGACUGUGUCACCUUCAGUGGAAAAGACUGCCUCUGUCAACGCUGUAUUCGACCUGUGUCUCCUGCUCCGACCGACAUGAAAUGCUCCAGUAGUGAGUGCAUUCUUUCAUAUCCACAGCAA